GUAUAGUACAGCACUUAGUAUAGUGCCUGGCACAUAGUAAACAUUUAACAAAUACCAUAAAAGAAGAAAGCAUUACAACAAAAUUUAGCUUGGAGCCUAAUGCAACACGGCCGCCGGACUCUUUCCGACAAGACGUGCCGGCCUCCGUGAUUCGGUUUUCUUGUCGAUCGGAGAGCUGCCCCGGCUUAAUGCCAGUCCAUAACGCCCGGCUGAUUUGGCAGAGGAGUCGACGGCCGUUUCCGUGUCUUGGACCUCUGUGGUUUGACCAUCUGCUGACGCUAGUUCUUGAAGUCUGUCUCCAGGACCUGGGCUGAUGGUUGAAAGCUUUUCGAGUCGGAAGAGUGCAACCCUCAGAGCGGCGGAGCAACUGUCAGCCAGACGCCGUGCUCAGUGGCAUUUAGGCACAACAGCAGCGGGGAGCAGACAAACAGCCGGGAGCUCCAGUUACGGAUCUGCCCCCACUUGAGGAUGAGCCGCCCGAGAGCCUCAGCCCCCCCGAUCACUGUCCCCGCCGGGCGGGGGACCCCCUUUCCAGGUCAUGACCCUCAACGCUCCAUAGAGCCGGCGCUUGACCAAGAGAUCAUGUUUCUUGGAGAGCCCAACUGGUUUGAUUAUGCAGACACGGAUCAGGCUAAGAUCCUAGUGGUCUAUCACCUCAUUGGAGAGAAACCCGUCUUCUUUUCGUCAAAAACCUACAGUUCCAAGUUCCUGGGCCAGGUCCUCUUUGGGUCAUUUAUCCUCCUCCUCCUCCUCAUCAUCUUCCAGUUGUGCUACCACAUGUACUGCAAGAAGGGGCCCUGAGGAGCUGGACAGCCCAUGCCUUGAUGUAGACCUAUCUGGUUUGGGAUACGCAAUCUGCUCGAAUCAGUCCUGAAUAAAAGAGUCCCUUUUCCUUAUCA